AGCCGCAUUACUCACCAAUCAGCCCUCUGCGCACGCCGUUGCAUCGGUGCUUCACGCUCAGCCGCCUCGUGCUCGUUUCGCUGCGCUAAAAGCACCGCUGCACACGCUGCAGGCUGCAUCGCUAGACGCCAGAGAUCAACCGCUAGACGCCACCGACGAGCCACAGCAACCGAUCGACGCGCCACAGCACCCGAUCAACCAUGGAGGUCGACGACCAAAUACGAGUGCGCUUCGUCACGAAAACUCAAACGAUAGCCGUGCCCGACACGGCGCUCUCGCUCGCGACGGCGUGCGGCCGCGCGCAGCUCGGCGACGUCGUCAACAAAUUACGAGGUGGUUCAAAUCUAGACCUCGACUUCCUCUGGGAUGAGAAGCUCGUGCAGGGGUCGCUCGCGCAGCACGCCGCGCGGCACGGACUGAGUACUGAGAACGUCGCGGAGCUCGAAUAUUUUGAACGGCGCCCCGAGCCCGAGCAUGCUGGUUCUACGACCUGCGGCGACGACUGGGUCGGUUGUCUCAGUGGAGGCGCGAGCGUGCUGGCGGGCUCCUACGACGGCCGGCUCUUCUGGGCGCGCGACGGCAGCGUCGCGGCGACGGCGCACGACGGCGCCGUCACGUGCUUGGCAUCGUCGUCCUCCUCCAUACUAUCGGGCGGCAAGGACGCCGCCGUCAAGGCCUGGCGCCUGUCCGGAGGCACUAUAAAACUUGUGAGUGAGGGCGAGCACGCGCACGCCGUCGCGAGCUGCUCGUUAAAUGAAGCGAGGGCCUUCACGGGCGACUGGGGCGGCCUCGUCUUCGCCUGGAGCCUGCCGCCGGUUGCCGAGGAACCCGCGACGAAGCGCCAGAAGACGGACGCGUGGGCGCCUUCAUCAACAACCAAGGCCCACGCCCAGGUCGUCUCCGGCAUGUGCCUCGCAGAUCAACAACUCUGGACGUGCUCCUGGGACCACACUACAAAAAUCUGGGACGCGGCGACGCUCGAGGAGCGGUUCAGCGGGAGCUGCUCCGUCGCGCUGAACUGCAUUGACGUCCUUAAUGAGACCGCAGCGACGGGCGCGCACGACGGCGCUAUACUAUUAUGGGACGCGCGCUGCCGCGCGACACAAAAAUCAUUAAGGGGCCACAGCCACCAGAGCGUGUCGAGCGUGGCGUGGCUCUCCGACGCGCGGCUCGUCUCGGCGGGCCACGACGGCCGGCUCUGCGUCUGGGACGUGAGGGGAGCGGCGACGGAGCCCGUCAGCGUGCUGAGUUGUGCGUUGAACAAGUGCCUCUGCGUCGCGGCCGGCGGCGGCGCUCUCUUCGCGGGCGGCGACGCGCCCCAGGUGCACCGGUUCUCAGCGCCGGGCGCCUAAGUAUUGGACCUGUCU